AUCAAUGCAUUUGUGAGGAUCAGUAUUUUUGGUCAUUUAGUAACUGCAUUAUGUAUAAUGCCUGCAAUGACCUAUAUGAAGGAGUAUGUACCUGUAUCGAUAUAAUUCCCAGUGAUGGACAGAUGUGUGUGACAAAAAGUGAACUACCAUUCUUUGACAUUCUGGUUGAAAUUGAGCUGAAUACUACAAGCACAAUGCUCGAUGAAGUGAGAAACCUUAUUGGAGCAUUCAGUUUCCCAAUUACAUUUGGUCAUGUAGCAGAAAUUACAGAUGUGGCCAUUACAGCAGUUAACACAACAACUACUGCAAACAAAACCAAUACAAAUACAACCACCACAUCCACAGCAACCACCAGAACUACUGUAACACCAUCCAUACAAACCACAACUUUAGGCGUCCAAGUAUUAAGCUUCUCACUGACAAUAAAUGAAGUAUUUGAUUUUGCACUCACUGACCAGAGCAGUGAAAAAUACAACACAUAUAAACAAAAAAUUGAGAGUUCAAUUGAUAAUAGCUACAGGACUCUACUUAGCUACGAGCCCAAUUCUGCAACAGUGACUGCUUUCAGGCCUGGCAGUGUGAUUACAGACUUUACUAUCAAAACAACAAAUGCUACCCUUAAUUUGGCAUCAGCAAACCAAGACCUUGCUAGUAGUCUCCGUUUACAGGGAUUCAAUGUGAGCGAUACUGCAUUCAUCCAGAGUGUGAAAGAUGGACUAUAUGGAAGUAGUGGCAAUAUAUAUCCUGGGACAAAUCUCACACUGACCUGCAAUCCUCCAGUAAAUAAUAGCAUACAAUGGACCCUGGAUGGGAAACUCAUCGAAGACAAUUCAAAUAAUAUCCUUCAACUCAAUAAUGCCACUUCUAAUUACAGUGGUCAAUAUGCAUGCACAACAACAGUAAACUCAAUUCCUUAUGUUAUCUGGCAAACCAUUACAAUUCAACCAUACCCCAAUAUUGAAGUGAGCACUAACAAAGUUGUACAAUGUGAGGAUACAACAAUCCUACUGCAGUGUUGUGUACAGGAGAUUUAUCAAGUGGAGUGGACCAUAUCUUGCACCUCACCUUUAACAGGCUCACCGGCAGGCUGCAUAUUAUGUGACUAUACACUUAAACAAAAUGAUUGCCAGACUACUAAACACGUCACAUGCAAACUCAAAAAUCCCAUCAAUGGAAUUACUACUCAAAGUUACAACUCAAAGAGCAUUAUAGUAAAUGUAACCAACAAAGCAUUUACCUGCUCAGAUAGUAUAUUUGGAGCUGGAAAUCAGGGAGACGUACGCAAUGGUGACUGUAAUAAAGAAAUGGUUGGCUAUCAAGUAGCUUGGUGUAAUUCAUCAAACCGCUGGCAACCCAUAGAAGACUACUGUGUCCUGCGUAUCUUUGCAACUUUAAAAGAUGAAGCUGAGAAUUUACAGGUUGGAAACCUCCCACAAUUUAUGGCCAACGUCAGGAAUAAUGCUGUAUUACAGAUUCAAAACAUCACUGAUUCUCAAGCUACCAUAUUAACAAUUGUAGAAAUACUGAAAAUCAUUUCUAGUUUCUCACAAACAAUUUUAAUCAAUCAACCCGUCAUGACGAAUUUCCUACAAACAACCGAUGUCAUUGGAUCAGAUGAUACACGAGACACAUGGGUGCUUUUAAACAAAAACAAUACAACAAUGAAUGCCAGUUCUGAACUUCUGAACUCAACUGAGAGCAUUGCACGCAGACUCCGGGAUGAAAGCAUCUCAAUAAUAACAAACAUAUCUUCUCUCAAUAAAACUUCCAUUACUGCUCCCUUUUCUGGAACAUUUGGAAAAAAUUUAACUACCCAAAUAAAUAUUCCAGCGACUAGUACACAGACAUCCCUCACAGUCAUAAUUUCUUCAGCUUUUAACAAUGUCUUACCUGUUCGAAAUCUUACCAACAAUAACAGCAGUCAGACUGGCACCAGCAUCAAUGGAGAUGUAGUCCUAAUUGAGACAAACUCAACAAUUAACAACAUUUCCCUCUCUAUUGACAUCAAAAAUAAUACACUGGGAAUCCCUCAGUGUGUCUUUUGGAACUUUAAUCUUCUGAAUGACAUUGGGGGAUGGGACUCGACUGGAUGCCAACUAAAGAAAUUAGGAAGUGAAACUGAAAGAAUUACGUGUGAGUGCAAUCACACAACCUCUUUUUCAAUCCUGAUGUCACCAUUUACCCUGGAUAAAAACUUUGCAAUAAUCUUAGACUAUAUAACUUACAUUGGUGUGGCCAUUUCAUUGGGCAGCUUGGUUUUAUGUCUCAUCAUUGAAAUGAUUAUAUGGAAAUCAGUGACAAGAAAUGACACAUCCUACAUGCGCCAUGUCUCCAUAGUCAACAUCGCUGUCUCCCUUCUGAUUGCGAACAUAUGCUUCAUCAUUGGAGCAGCAGUUGUAAAGAAAGGAGAGGGUCCCUGCAGUACAGCAACAUUCUUCAUGCACUUCUUUUAUCUAGCCCUUUUCUUCUGGAUGUUGCUGUCAGCACUCUUGCUCCUCUACCGCACCCUCAUGGUCUUUUCCAGAAUGACCAGAGGAGCAAUGAUGGCCAUAGCCUUCACUGUUGGCUAUGGAGCCCCGUUAAUCAUAGCUGUCAUUACUGUGGCCUCUACAGCUGGAAGUCAAGGAUACAUUCAAAAAGAUUACAAUUGUUGGCUAAACUGGAGUAAAACGAAGGCCCUCCUGGCAUUUGUGAUUCCUGCUCUGACUAUUGUAGCUAUAAACCUCCUGGUGCUUAUUGUGGUUCUGUGUAAGAUGUUGAGGAGAGGAGUUAAUGCCACCACUCAGCCAGAUGAGAAACAUCCCCUAAUGGUCAUUGCUAGAUGUGUAGCGAUUUUAACACCACUCUUUGGUCUAACAUGGGGAUUCGGCAUUGGGACCAUGGUGUCACCAAACUUUGGGAUUCAUGUGGUGUUUGCGUUCCUUAAUUCACUGCAGGGUUUCUUUAUUUUGAUGUUUGGAACAUUACUGGAUAGUAAGGUUCGAGAAACAUUGGCACAAACGUUUUCACUGAGUAACUUAAGUUCUAUCCGUACCAGGAGUACGAGUGCAGGACCUUCAUCCUCAAGUGGAUUUCCUUUUUUUCAGAGGUUACGGCAGAGAAAUGUGUACAAUGUAUUGAGUCCCAAAAUGUCUUCAAGCAACUCAGAUACAGCUACUGACAGCUACGCUGCUAGGGCCAUGUUAUAAAAGUC